AUGGCUCCUCGCCGCUUUCUCCUCCUCGCGAUCCUCCUCGUCCUCCUCGGUGCUCAUGGCUUUGGCCGUGGCGCCGCGCAGGCCGCCGACCAGUUCGCCUACAACGGCUUCGCGGACGCCAACCUCACGCUCGACGGCUUGGCCGCCGUGGCGCCCAACGGCCUGCUGGCGCUCAGCAACGGCACCAGCCAGGCGGCGGGCCACGCGUUCCACCCGACGCCGCUCCGCAUGCGGAACGGCACCGUGCAGUCCUUCUCGGUGGCGUUCGUCUUCGCCAUCGUCUCCAACUUUACCGUGCUGAGCGACAACGGCAUGGCGUUCGUGGUCGCGCCCAGCACCAGGCUCUCCACCUUCAACGCCGGCCAGUACCUCGGCAUCCUCAACGUCACGGACAACGGCAAGCCCGACAACGGCGUCUUCGCCGUCGAGCUCGACACCAUGCUCAACCCGGAGUUCCAGGACAUGAACAGCAACCACGUCGGCGUGGACCUCAACAGCCUGCGGUCCGUGCAGAACCACUCCGCCGGGUGGUACGACGAUGCCACGGGCGUGUUCAACAACCUCAGCCUCAUCAGCCGCCAGCCCAUGCAGGUCUGGGUGGACUACGACGGCGCCACCACCCGGCUCGACGUCACCAUGGCGCCCCUCGACGUGCCCAGGCCCAAGAAGCCCCUCAUCUCCGCGCCCGUCAACCUCUCGGCGGUCGUCACCGACACGGCGUACGUCGGGUUCUCGGCGGCCACGGGCGUCAUCUUCACGCGCCACUACGUCCUCGGCUGGAGCUUCGCGCUCAACGGCCCGGCGCCGCCGCUCGACACCUCGAAGCUCCCCUCGCUGCCGCGGUUCGGCCCCAAGCCACGGUCCAAGGUGCUGGAGAUCGUGCUCCCGAUCGCCACCGCGGCCUUCGUCCUCGCGCUGGCCAUCGCCUUCUUCAUGUUCGUGCGCACGCGGAUCAGGUACGCGGAGGUGCGCGAGGACUGGGAGGUGGAAUUCGGGCCGCACCGCUUCGCGUACAAGGAGCUGUACAAGGCCACCAAGGGGUUCAAGAAUCGGCAGCUGCUGGGCACCGGCGGCUUCGGCAGGGUGUACAAGGGCGUGCUCCCCAAGUCCAACCUGGAGAUCGCGGUGAAGCGGGUGUCGCACGACUCCAAGCAGGGGAUGAAGGAGUUCAUCGCCGAGGUGGUCAGCCUCGGCCACCUCCGGCACCGGAACCUGGUGCAGCUGCUCGGCUACUGCCGCCGGCAGGGGGAGCUCCUCCUGGUGUACGACUGCAUGCCCAACGGCAGCCUCGACAAGUACCUCCACGACAAGACCAAGCCCGUCCUGGACUGGAGCCAGAGGUUCCAGAUCAUCAGGGGCGUCGCGUCCGGCCUGCUGUACCUCCACGAGGACUGGGACAAGAUCGUGAUCCACCGCGACAUCAAGGCCAGCAACGUGCUCCUGGACGCCGACAUGAACGGCCGGCUGGGGGACUUCGGGCUGGCGCGGCUGUACGACCACGGCGUGGACCCGCAGACGACGCACGUGGUGGGCACCAUGGGGUACCUGGCGCCGGAGCUGGUGCGCACGGGCAAGGCGACGCCGGUGACGGACGUAUUCGCGUUCGGCGUGUUCGUGCUGGAGGUGACCUGCGGGCGCCGCCCGCUGGGGUGCAUCGCGCCCGACGACCAGAACGUGCUGCUGGACUGGGUGCAGGAGCACGAGCGCAGGCGCGCGGGGCUCGACACCGUGGACCCGCGGCUGUGCGGCAAGUACGACGCCGACGAGGCGCGGCUGGCGAUCAAGCUGGGGCUGAUGUGCGCGCACCCGCUGCCGGACGCGCGGCCCGGGAUGCGGCAGGUGACGCAGUACCUGGAGGGCGAGGUGGCCAUGCCGGAGGUCGUCCCGACGUUCCUCAGCUACACCACGCUGGCGCUGAUGCAGAACGACGGGUUCGACUCGUUCGCCAUGUCCUUCCCGUCCACGGUCACCACGGACGCCAGCCCCACCUCCGGCGACGUCUCGGCCGUCUCCGGCCUCUCUGGCGGAAGGAUCGCCCUGGUCACCGGAGGGAACAAAGGGGUCGGGCUGGAGACGUGCAGGCAGCUCGCGUCCAAGGGGCUCAAGGUCGUGCUGACGGCGAGGAACGAGGCCAGGGGACUAGAGGCGGUCGAGGGCGUCAGGCGCUCCGGUGCUGACGUCGUCUUCCAUCAGCUGGAUGUCAUCGACCCUGACAGCGUCGCCCGGCUGGCGGAUUUCGUCAGGGAUCAGUUCGGGAAGCUCGAUAUCCUGAUAAACAAUGCAGGAAUUUCAGGCGUUGAUCGAGAUCCAGUUCUGGUUGCGAAAGUUAAAGAACAGGUUGAAAGCAUGGAUGUAGAUCAGCGAGUUCAAUGGAUGAAAGAAAAUUCGAAGGAGACAUAUGAGGAAGCAAAAGAAUGCAUGAGAACAAACUACUAUGGGGCAAAGCUUGUCACGGAGGCACUACUUCCUCUUCUUCAGUUGUCCUCCUCCGGGAGAAUUGUCAAUGUCUCAUCAGGCUUUUCACUGCUAAGAAACUUCAACAACGAAGAACUGAAGAAUGAGUUUAACGACGUCGACAACCUUACUGAAAAGAAACUAGAGGAGCUGUUGGAUUCGUUCCUAGAAGAUUUCAAGGCCAAUUUGAUAGAGGCACAUGGGUGGCCGACCGGUGGCUCGUCAGCGUACAAAGUCGCGAAAGCCACCCUCAAUGCAUACACAAGGAUCCUUGCCAAGAAUUACCCUAGGAUGCGCAUCAACUGUUUGACGCCUGGUUAUGUCAAGAGCGACAUGUCGAUGCACAUGGGAGUUUUGACGCCUGAGGAGGGCGCUAGCAACCCUGUGAAGGUCGCUCUCUUGCCCGACGAUGGCCCGACGGGUGCUUAUUUUGAUAGGGACGGCGUGGCGUCGUUUGUGUGA